AGUAGGCCUGAGGAAGUCAAGGCAAGGAAGAGAAUGAGUAGCAGUGGCCCCAUGGUCCCCUCCAGUGCUUGAUCAUGGUUCCUCUUCAGAGGCCACUGCCAUCUUUAUGAGCAGCAGACAAUUUAGCCAUAGUCUUGGGUGAGUACAGGUGACAUUCAGAACUAUGGCAACAGAAGAGAGGAAAGUCGAGAUAGUCAGUGGAGCACUAGCUACCUAUGAGAAGAAAUUGUUUGAUCCUGAAAUACCCAACUAUCAGCUAAAAUUCACUAUAGAAGGGCACACUAAAGCAGUAUCUGCAGUGAAAUUUAGUCCCAAUGGAGAAUGGUUAGCAAGUUCUUCUGCUGACAAACAAAUUAAAAUUUGGGGAGCGUAUGAUGGGAAGUAUCUGAAAAAACUAAUUGGUCACAAGCUGGGAAUAUCAGACAUUGCUUGGUCAUCAGAUUCCCAACUUCUUGUAUCUGCCUCAGAUGAUAAAACUCUUAAAAUAUGGCACUGCUUCACGGGGAAAUGCAGAAAAACCCUGAAGGGACACAGUAAUUAUGUCUUUUGCUGUAACUUCAGUCCCCAGUCCAAUCUCAUCUAUUCAGGCUCUUUUGAUCAGAGUGUAAGGAUAUGGGAUGUGAAAACUGGGAAGUGCAUCAAGUGUCUGACUGCUCAUUCAAACCCAGUUACAGCUGUUCAUUCUAACUGGAAUGGAUCUUUGCUGGUGUCAAGCAGUUAUGAUGGCCUCUGCCGAAUCUGGGAUGUAGAAGCAUGUGAAUAUAUUAGAACAAUUAAUUCCGAUAAGAACGCUCCAGUUUCUUUUGUGAAAUUCACUCCACAUGGAGGGUACAUUCUUGCUGCAACUCUGGACAAUACACUUAAAUUGUGGGACUUUGGGAAAGGAAAGUGCUUGAAGACAUAUACUGGCCAUAAGAAUGAAAAUUACUGUAUUUUUGCUAAUUUUUCCGAGACUAAUCCAAGACUAAUUGUGUCAGGGUCAGAAGACAAUAUGGUUUACAUUUGGAAUAUUGACACAGAAGAGGUUGUGCAGAAGUUGUAUGGUCACACAGAUACAGUGAUCUCAACAGCUUGUCACCCAAAAGAAAACAUCAUUGCAUCAGCUGCUUUAGAAAAAGACAAGACGAUCAAACUAUGGAAGAGUGCCUACUAAUCUCUUUCCUCAUAUCAUCAAUGAUUCUAUCAAGAACCACAUCCUGAGCAACAGGAAAGAGGACUAUUUGAGAAUGAGGUUUCUCUGCCUAAAGGAUAAUUCCCUCCCCCAUCCUACCCACCUUUCUCCCCCUUGGUAUAGAUAACUGGUGAGAUGAGGCAGUAUCUUUAAUAUUGGACAGGUAGACCCCUCUUUAAUUUUCUGUCUUGUCAAUGGGAAACAUCUGAUUCUCUCAUUAGAAGGCCUCAAAAGACUCUCAUUAUAUUUCUUACCAACUUUCCCGAUGCUGUCAAGAUGAUUUUUCAUUUUUGUCAUCUAUAAAUCAGUUCCUUCCAACAUUUAUAAAUCGAGUCAACCAGAAGAGUGGAUUUAUACUUUUUUUAAAAAAAAAUUUAACUGUGGAAGGAUAAAUUUCAUAUCAGUAUGAGUUGUAUUUCCUUAAAAAAUGUUCUGUGUCUUUAAAAAUUUUCUUACUCUCACUUCAACUUUAUGACCAAAUACAACUAUGUAAAUUCCCGAACUUCUUUCCUCAAAAUUUACUGACCUCAUAGUGAAAUAUCUUUUAC